AGGGGAUCCGGCGCCGACUCCAUCGAAGACGAUGUCGACCACUACGCCGUCCUCGGCCUCCCCUCCGGCGAAGAGGCCCUCAAACUAACCCUAAAAGAGAUCGAGAAAGCUUACCGCAAUCAAUCUCGAAUCCGCCACCCAGACAAGCGCCCCGACGACCCCAACGCCACCGCCGACUUCCAGCGCCUCACCUCCUCCUUCGAAAUCCUCAAGGACGAGGCCAAAAGAAGCGCUUUCGACGCCACGAUCCGCGCUCGGAUCGAGAAGAUCGCUCGCGACUCGCUGCUAGGCGCGAAAAGGAGGAAGCUUGCUUCUGACCUUGACGAGAGGGAGCGGGCGGCGGCGAGGGAUGCGGAGAGCGUGGAUCCUGAUGAGUUGGUGAGGAAGAAGGAGAAGACCAUGGCGGCGGAGCUGAAGAGGGAGUUGCAGGAGUUUCAGGCUAGGAAAGUCAAGAAAGCCACUGAUGCUUUCGCUUCGGCAUCUGGUCAGCAGAAAGGAGAGGAUGAUAGAGCGGUGAGUUUGGACAAGGAGAGGGUAUUGAAGGUCUCCUGGGAGAGAACAGUAGGGGAUUACAGUGCUGUAAAGUUGAGGGAAAUAUUUGAGACAUUCGGUAAGGUCGAGGAUGUAGUGAUCAGAAGUAAGGGAUCAAAGAAGAAGGGUUCCGCUAUUGUUGUGAUGUCUUCCAAAGAAGCUACAGUUGCAGCUACCCAUGCAAUGAGUGGAAGUAUUUCGAAUCCUUUACUCGUUCUCCCUCUUCAACCUGCUAAUUCCAAUAUAUCAAGCACAUUUUCUAUGAGUUCUUCUGAAGCUAUUGAUCCCAAACUUAGCAAUAUUAUUGGUGCGGGAUUUCAAGAUUAUGAGGCUUCCAUCCUGAAAAAGCUUGAGAAGGCUAAUGAAAUGAGAAAAAGGACGCAGCAGUAAAGGAAGAUGGCAGUGAACUUGAUAACUUGGUUCCCUUACAUUGGAUUUCAAGUAAUAGAGCAUCAAGCUUUUAAUAGUGACAGAUCUGAACUAUUGAUCUCAGUAAGCUCCAGGGCUUGUGUAUAGAUUGAUGAGUUCAGUGUUAUGCACACGAAGGCAUGAAUCUUUUCCAAAAUAGUGAUACAUCCAAUAAGAUCUGUUGCCAUUCAUUUAACAUUCCCAUGGAUGAGCCAAGUUCUAAGUUGACCUAUCCCAUGGCGCUCAUUUAUUUUGCGGUAAUCACUGCAAGAGAGAACAUUUAAGUACUAUCUGGAUAAUCUGUGCAAUGCCUUUUGGAAUAUUGCUCUUUCUUUGCCCAUAGAAGCCAUAUUUGCAAGCUAUAUGGAAAGAGGAAACAAAAGAAAGUAAAAUUACAGAUUUGUAAUGCUUCCGUAGGGAACUUCCAUUCUUUAUUACCAAGCAGAUUCAUGCAUUUGAAAAUGCGACAUGCAAAUAAUACAUUCUAGUUGCUCUAUGUUAGUACUUGUUGACGGUGAUGAAAUGAGUUGAGAAAGAACAAGGAUGUGGUAAUGCUACAUCCAUUUGGCACGCUGAGUUCAGGCAUCUGGACAUUUCACCUAUUGAUUGUGAUAUAAAGACUUGAAUAUGCUGAGGUAUGUGCUUGCAUCCUUGCUCGGAAUAAAGCUUUAGAGUUUGAUGCUAAUUCCUGCCUUCUUUAGGUGAAAGGUUAAUCCAUGCUAGGUUUUUCGAAAAUUGGUUCUUAAAUGUUGGCAUAAAAUGUCAAUUUAAUGUGUUUUAGCGCAACAAUCUAAUAGAUAGAAUGCCGGAACACUAUAUUGCAUGUGACACAGGCUUGGAUCUGUGUAUCAGUUCAAAUGUUGCAAGGUUCGUCACAAAGAAAAGGAAGCAGGAAAGUUCAAUUUG